GCAUUCACACAUAUUUGCAAUGAUAUGAUUAAGUGGUCAACAGUACAUUUUGUCAAAUGAAAAGGUAGUAUUUCUAACGUUGUCCAAUAUUAUUUCAUUAAUUAGUAGUCAGCCGUUAUUGAUUUAAUCGGCUGAAACAGUAGAUAUACACAGUGGCUGGCCCAGGUAAUGUUGUUGAUUUUUACACAGUAUAAUGUAGUCCACUAAACGACUCUUAAAGAGUGUUAGUAUGAUGUUAUACAAAUUAAAUGGUUAUGCGACUGAGUCGCAUCAAACCAUUUAUGUUGUAAGUACAUCCUAACAAUCUUUCACCAUUCCGCAACAGUAAUGAUAUGGUUAUGUUCUAUAGACAUAUAUAGAAAAUUAAAAACAAACAAAUCAUCAUAGUCAAGCUAUAUUGUGGUCGAAUCCGUUGGUUAUGUGUCGCCUCAAUCAAAGUUGGCAAAACUCUGAUAUCAUUGUCAUACGUUCAGGUUUAUUUAUGUAAAUGAUAAAGAUAUGAAUAUAUUUUAGGCUCUUUUGACAUCAGACAUUCGUUGGCAAAUGAAGUGGCAGAAGUGCGCCAAAGUAAAAACAAAUCAAAACAUUUUGUUUUCAGUUUUGUAAAGUGACCAUUGCUGACACCUUGUUUGGUUAAUUUCUUUAAAAAUACUUUACAAUUGCAUAACUUGUUUUGAAUUUUAACAAAAUACUUAUUGUAGUCAUAUAUGUAUUAUAAGCUGUUUUCGAGACUCAGGUUAUGUUCCGAUUCAACUAUCUCGAAUGGCUUUUGGAACUGAUGCCGAGGUUUUGGAAUUAAUAUCGUUCAAUAGAGGACACAGGACAGUCAAUUAAAAUUUAUGUUGGAAAUACGUACAUUUAAAGCUGACAUUUAGGUGGUAAGCAUGUCAUGGCGUUUGAAUAUGAAUGGAAAUGUAUGAAUAUACUACAUCAUAUUAAUAAUUGCAGAGGAUCUACACUGUCUAUAUAGCCAGCAACUUGGUUGCAUCGCUUCGUUUACAUUAACAGUUUCACGUGAUUAACGUGAUUUAAAGCUUAUAUUAAAUACUUAUCAUUAUGUGAGGAAACAGAAGACAACGGUUGGGUAACAUCGGACCAAACGCUGCUCCCCCCUCUUGUACAAGAGGGUUCAAGACCGAAUAUAAUCAGAGACAGCGCAAAGGGACGUUCCAUUUUUCAGAACAGGAGAAGCGCUCUUGUGUCUAGUCAUUCAAAUGGUCAUCAUAAUGGCCAAUAUAAAAGUUUUGCGUCAACAACAAAAGGUCCAACUUUGAAAAAGACGAAAAAGAAAGUUCUCAAAAAGUGUAGUUCCAGUGUAGAGAAAGGCACCACGAACGCAAGCUGCAUUAAUAACAUUCUGGACAGAGACUAUUCGAAUGAAUAUAAGGAUCGUGUUUCUGAACAAAACGGAUUUCCCAAUAUUCCAUUCUUCUCCGAAUGGAAAAUAGCAGGUUUUAAGUACGAUAAAGUGAUCCUGUCACGCCUGACGAACAUGUCUGAGAAACAGGAAGUGACGCCGGAGUUCGUCACUUAUAUCAAGGAACGUGACGCCGCCCUCAAGGAGGCUGCCGACGCCCGCGCCGAGCUCCGGGAGACACAGAGCAGGCUGUACGACGCCCUGCAACUGAUUGAGUCACUUGAAAAGAAAACAGGAGAGGGCAAAAAGACAUCAAAGAAAUCCGUAGCUACGAAAAAGAAGACUGAUAAGCCUAACGGGCUUGCGACAAAGACGUCGACUAGCCUGGCGAGUAGCGGCGUCAGUUCGGCUCGCACGAGCGCCCCGGUGUCUGCACGGACGGACGGCAGACUCUACCAUCCGCCAAUAGACGCGGUCGAUCCCUCGGCUGACAGCAAGGAGUACUACUGGAAAAUCGCUGAGAAGUUUUCACAACUGCCAAUGUUUACAAUCUUGGAUGCAGAAAGAAAGUUUAUUAAGGCCGACGCUGACGGAAGCGGCACCAUUGACAUUGACGAGAUGGACAGGGUGCUGUCUGAGAGUGUGGGCAUGUUCACGCCAAAACAGCUGGCCGACAUCAUGGCCGAGAUGGACACUGACAAGAGUGGAACACUAGACUUCAUGGAGGUCCUCACGGUAAUCAACAGGUUGGUAUCACAUAGGAAGACGAACCUCCCACAGUCCAUGCAACAAAACUACUCGAAGACUUGCUCCAUUCAGUAGAGCAGAUUGUCAGGGCGGAGCUAGCGUUGAUAGAAGUUGACAUUUUAUUUGAACUGUAAUAAUACAUGUGGCGGAGACAUUAAGGAACUGCAUGCUUCGGGCCUGUUUCAAUAAAGACCUAAGACGAUUUUUGUCGAAAAUUUGAGUUAUCUUAUCCUCAAAUUUUCCUGUUCUGCUUCAUAUUUUUGCAAAAUUAACAUAAACAUUCAAAAUAUUAAGUAAUAUAAAAAAAACAAAAACUUUCUGACAAAUAUAUAGAUAAUAAUUAAGAUUCAUAAAUUAAAUGUGCCUCUGUAUCUUACUUUUUGGAAACUGCUAGUGCUAUGCAUCCUUUAAGAUCAUAGAGUACAAGACAUGCGGCCGAUUCACCGCAACAAGAGAGUUGUGGACGCUUUUAUAAAGAGGUGUGUUCGAAAACUACCUUAAAACGAAACAGAUUACAGAGUGCUUUUGUGAUUUAAAGACAAUCUUUGACUGACACUACAUAGUUUGAAAAUGUUCAUACAUAGUCAAUAAAUCUUUCUUUCUCGAAUUUGUCUAGUACUUUAUAUCAGUAGAUUCAGAAUAUAAACAUCAUUAGGGAUUUGGAGCAUACUAUACUAGUAUCCAACACAAAAAGAUCAUCUAUAAAUGAUCACAAACACCUCGACGCAUUAGUCAACUACAUCAUGAAGUCACUUUCAAUAGUUUUUAACUGUCCUAAAAUGAAACACCAAUAGUGGAACUUCCUUCACAGUUCCUGUUGUCAACAUGUUAACAAGUUUGAUGAAAUAUAAUGAGAGCCAAAGGGACCAUUCCUAUCCUUAAGACAGCAGCGCCUAUGACAACACCACUCAGGAACGUUAAAGCUUAAAUAACAUUUUUAAA